AUGAAGGCAAAGUCUGUCCUGUACUUGGAAGCUUUCGCGGCUUGUGCUCUGCUCGCAGGAGCUGGCGGUGAUACUGGGCCACUAGGACAAGGGGGAGUUUACGAAAAGGAUGGAACGUUCCUAACGGGAGUGACUGGAGCCAUGUGGCCAAGGCCAAGAGCUGAUGAUUUCACCAGAGCAGGACUGGCAGGACUGAACUGGACGCGGCUGUCAUGGUCGAAUGUGGACUGCUGUCAAAAGAUCAACAAAGUGAAGCAGUGGGAGGACGUCAGGACGGGAGUUCCGGACUGUUUCUGCAGAGACAUCCUGAUGCAGUCAGAGUACAAGACCUCCUCCUUCUGCAUGCUGCAGCAGGCGUGUGAGAACGCGCUACGAGACUUCAACAAAGUGUUCGGAGAAGGCUACAUGGCGAAUGGGCGGGCAAUACAUACCAAGCCUUCUGCAUCUUUAUCGCCUGACGUUUCCCAGGCUGACGAGUGGGACACGGAGUCUCCCUUGCGCUCAUGCAUGCACUCGUCCGGGGGUCGCUGGAACGUCGAACCAUGCGGGAAGAAGAGCAGCGGCACAUCCUGGACGGACCCCUUCGGUCGUCAGACAACUCCUAUCCAAGAUUACAUGCCAUCCAAAACCUACGGCCAGGUGGUCGUCAAGGGGGACGUCAACGACGUUCACAGGUGGCACUGGGUGCCUGGUGAUCUUCCGAUUGUCAAGAGAGAGUGGCAAGGAAAGAUGGCGGGGGACUUUAAAGUUGAGCCCGGUAUCCUUGCGGGUUCAAAGGUGUAUCCAGGAGGAAGGAAAACGGAGCUAUCUCCGACUGUUGCAAGUAGUCGAAAGGUGCAAGCAGACUGCAUGUUUGCUGUCAAGGUGCUGGAGGAGUGUGUGCCGAGAGAUGUUGCAAUGAGUUGA